UAUUAUUAGGCACUUUACUACAGUGUUGUUGUUAUGGUGUUGGUUUAGUAAAGUGUUGAUCCAAGUAAAAAUAUAUCCAUAGCCUAUAAUAGUGAAGUGUAAAAUGUCGAAAAAUAAAAUUAGUCAAAAUGAAUUGCGGCGUCUUAUGUCACAAGAGAAAAAGAAAUUGAUCACGAAUGGAAGGAAAAUUGAAUCACCAUUAGCAAAAUAUAAGGAUGAUGGAACGUUGACAUGUAUUGUAUGCGAGAGCGUAGUUCGCAGUGAUGCAGUGUGGAUUGUCCACCUCAACUCUAAACAGCACAAAGACAACAUCGCCCGCAAGAAACAGCUUCUUGCCCCUCCCCCUAUUAUUCCAAAAAAUGUCUCGGACCCUCCCAAGCUGUAUAAAAGACCACUUACGCCCCCAACUGCUGUUCCACCUAAGAAACUAAAAGGUAUCUUAAAAAAUGCACCAGCACCAAAACUACCACCAGGGUUUUUCGACAAUGGAGCAGUCAAAACAGAGUCGUUUCCAACGUCCAGUCAAGUGGAUCCGUCCUCGGUCUUGACACCAACGGAAGUAGUGGCUGAAGAACCAAUGGAUACAGAAGAUGCCUCUUUUGUGGAUUCUAAAGAUCCACUACCUGAGGGAUUCUUUGACGAUCCCAUCAUGGAUGCAAAGGCACGCAACGUUGAAUACAAAGACCCCAUUCAAGAAGAAUGGGAGAAGUUUCAAAAAGAGAUCAAGGAGGAAACGUCCGUCUCCACACAGAUCAUAGAAGACGAUCAGGAGGAGGCUACAACAGAGAGGCAAAUACAAGAGAUAGACGAACAGCUGCGUAAUUGGUCUAGGGUUCUUGAUCUGGAGAAGAAAAAGGAAACGGUCCAAGCUGUAGCAACGAAAGGUUCCAGCGAGAAUGCGAGGGAAGAUGCGUCAGAUGAUGAGGAAGAUUUCGAUGAGUUUUUAGAUUGGAGAGCUAAAAAAUCAUUUAAAUAAAAUCUACAUUGGAUAUGUUGGAUUGUACAUAUAUAACUGUAAAUAUGUAAUAAUGUAUUUUGUAUAAUUAAACAGUUUUUACACUUA